AUGCUUCGAUUCGUUGCCUGGCCGUUGGCCUUGUUUGCUGCGACGGCGCUCGCCAUCUCUGCCGACGACUUGGGGUCCGUUCUGCAAAGACAGCACAAUCUCACGACAUUCUACAACUUGAUCAAGAACAAUUCCGAUGUCCUCUUGCAGCUUCCAAGCUCCGAUGGCGUCACUAUCGUAGCGCCCUCGGACAAGGCCUUUGAGAACAUCCCCUACACGUCGCUCAACGGCAUCUGGGACCCCGAGGACGCGGCCAAGACGACCGCCUUUCUCCAGUACCACAUCAUCAAGGGCAGCCUCACCAUUGCCGACCUGCAGACCGGGCCGACGUACCUCGAGCCCACGCUGCUCACCGCGUCCAACUACACCAACGUCACCGGCGGGCAGAACGUGCUCCUCAACAAGCAGCCCGGCGACGCCGUCGUCCUGACCAGCAGCCUCGGCGUGCGCUGCACCGUGCUCGAGCGCGACGUCGCCUUCCAGGGCGGCCGCAUCCAGAUUGUCGACAACCUGCUCAUCCCGCCCGCGCCGCUGCGCGACACCGCGCAGGCCUUCCAGGCGCAGUCCUUCCUCGCGGGGCUCUACGCGGCGGGGCUCAUGCCGGGCGUCGACGAGCGCGCCAACGUCACCGUGUUUGCGCCGCGCGACGCCGCCAUGGAGCUCGUCGGCGGGUCGCUCGAGGCCCUCAACGGCACGGCGGCGCUGGCCCGCGUCAUGGGCUACCACGUCGUGCCGGGCCGGAUCCUCUCCUCGGCCGACCUGGCCAACGGGAGCGUCCUCGCCACCCUCGCGAGCGGCAGCGAGACUGGCAACAGCAGCAGCAGCAGCAGCAGCAGCAGCAGUCCGGGGCUGACGGUGCGCCAGGCCGGCAACAACAAGUACGUCAACUCGGCGCAGAUUGUCCAGCCCGACAUUCUCAUCGCAAACGGCAUCAUGCACGUCGUCGCCGACGUCCUCGACCCGGACGCGCCGUCGGCCGCGCCAAACGCCAGCGCCGCCACGCAGCCGCCCGUCUUCCCCGUCAGCGUCGCCAGCAGGCCGUUUGCCUCGGCGCUGCCCUGCACGUCCGACUGCCCGACGAGCACGACCAGCGCGAGCGCGUCGCCGACGACGACGGCCGCGGACGGCGGCAAGUCCAAGUCGAGCAAGAACGGGGGCGUACCGGCGCCGACGGCCCAUGCGGCCAUGGCGGCGCUUGGUGUCUUGGGCGCUGGCCUGUUGCUGUAG